AUGUCAGUUGCAGAGUAUGAGGGUAAAUUUCAUGCCUUGGCUAGGCAUGCUUCGAUGAUACUUCCCACAGAGGCUGAGAGAGUUGCUGCUUCUGGUGUUCCAUUCCAAAAAGUGGUAGAUGCUGCUAAGGAGUUGGAGAUGAUUCGGCGUGAGGGAUUUGAGCAGCGAGAGGGCAAGAGGACUCGUUAUUCAGGUGAUUAUGGUGGUGCUCCGCCUAGGAGUCGGGGUUACUUAGGCAGAGGUUAUCACCCUCAGUCCAGCAGACCCAUUCAUGCUGCUAUACCAGCGUCUGAGGCUGGUUACGCUGGGCAUAACUCUUCGAGCUCGGUACAUACUUCGCAAGGCUCACCUUCUAGACCUGUAGUUCGUGGAGGGCAUUCUGGUCAUUCAGGUUCCUCUUAUCAGCCUGCGUCUCGUAGGGGUUGCUUGGAGUGUGGUGAUAUGGGACACUUUGUGAGAGACUGCCCUAGAACCAGACGUGGUGGCUUACAUCAGGGUUCUCAGGCUUCGACUUCAAGGGCUGCACAACCUCCAGCUAGGGGUGGUGCACAGAAUGGUAGAGGUGGUUCUCAUUCAGGUAGUGGUGGUUCUCCUUCUGGUCGAGGUGGUGGUCGUGGAGGUUCACAAUCUGAUGGAGGUCGUUCUCACUGUUAUGCUUUUCCAGGUAGGCCAGAGGCUGAAGCCUCAGAUGCUGUUAUCACAGAUUCGAUUCCGAGUAGAAGCACAUCUCGUGGAGCAAUUUGAGUCCGAGCAUGGAGUUGUGGUGAGCUGCUUGGCUGUUCCGUGG